AGCUUCCGAAACAAAAACCCAACCGCACAUUUUUGUUACAUUUUUUCUUCUUUUAAUCCCCAAACAAUAGAAAUCAGAAAUUUAUUUGAGUAGAAAAGGGUUGGAAAUUAGUAACUCAAAAGAUGAGUUAUCAUGUUAAUUUCUCCCUAAAACCUCAAAAUCCAUGUACAUAUAUUCCUGCUAAAAAAACACUACCUUCUUCUUUACUGAUUUCAUAUUGUUUAUCACAACCAAAAGUACAUAAAACCCAUAUACAAGCCCUAUCUUCAUCUUCUCCCAUACAAAAAACCCAAGAAAAUACCACAUUUAAUGAACCUCUAGAAUUAAAAUCAUCAAGUAAUUAUAAUGUUGAAUUUAAGACUAUGGGAGGUUGCAAGCUUGGUAUUUCAAGAUACCCAGAUUUUGAGUAUGAUGCUAAUGGUGGAUUUGGGAGUGGAAGUGGCAAAGAUGACUUAAAUGGCAAGAUUUUGGUUGAUUUUGAUGUUGGUAAGCUUUAUAUACCAUCAUUAACAAGUGGGACAACUAAGUUUUUGGGGUUGCCUUUGCCACCAUUUUUGAGGAUUGAUAUUGUGCCAGAAAUCUUCAAAGGAAGCAUUGAUAAAGAGUCAGGCAAGGUUGAUCUUGAAUUCAAGGCAAAAUUCUGGUUUUCAAUGGGAGCAAUUUACAAAGCACCACCAUUACUAGUUUCAACGAUUUUGACCUCUGAAGAAUCACAAGGGCAAAUGAGAAAGGGGAGAGGACAAAGAUUGGAGAAAGAUGGAAAUUGCAAGUUAGUAGGGGUGGCAACGGUUGAUCCAAUUGAUGAUAUUUUCAUGGACUCCUUCCUUGGCCUCCCAACUGAAUGCCUUGCCUUUUUAAAUGCCACAAUCUCGCUAUGAAAGAUGAUACAUGAAUAAUCUAUUUUGAUGAAUGUAUAAUCUUUUAGAUUAAACUUUUUGUAUACAUGAAGUAUAUAUCUAAGUUCUACCUUCGAGUUCUAGUUAA